GUAUCUCGACGUCCCGCACGACUCGCGCAGUCGGCAGUCUCGUAAAAAUGGCGUGCUUGUAUCGGUCCGUGAAACAAAUCGGGAAAGGUCUAAUUUUGUCGGCGUCUAAUAGAAGUGUAUCGCUAUCCGCAACCGCACGAUUAAAACAGAUAAUUGAGAAGAAAGAAGAUAAGGUCUUAACCAUCGAGGGUGUAAAUGUGCCUCAGAAGAAGGAGCAUUUAUUAGUGAAGUUGAACUCCAAUGCGUGUCCGCUUUGCGCCACGGAACUUGACGUUAAACACACCGAUGUCCUUAUUCUGAGCCAGUUCCUGCGGUCGAACGGAACGAUGCUGCCGCGCAGGAUAACCGGCCUGUGCAACGUGCAGCAGAAAAAGGUUUCAGUUUUGGUGACUAUGGCUCAGAGAGCAGGCUUGUUACCAGACAGAUUUUCAAAGCAGAUUAGGAAAGGAUUACAAUUUGGACCAUACUGGAAAAGAUUCAACACGUAUUACGAUGAGGAUACCAUACAAUACAAAUAUAAACGCUAGGAAAUGUACAGCAUAGAACCGAAUAGUAUAUUUUAUAUGCUCAGU